AUGAGCGCCAGGGCCAGGCGGGUGCUGCCCACGCGGCCGCGGCCGCCGGGUGCCGAGCAGCUGCGGGAGGACGUGAGCGGCUCGCGCGCCGCCGACCCCGUCCUCGCGCCACCCGCCGAGCCAGCAGCGGCGGGCGGGGAGGGCGGCGGGGCCCGCGGCGCCGCUGAGCCGCCCCCGGCCGCCUUGCUCGGGGCGGGCGCCGCCGAGGGCGUCGAAAGCCUCUUUGGGCAGAGUCGCCGCUACGUGGAGCUCAAUCAGCGGCUGCAGGAGAGCGGCGGGCGGCUGCGUGCAGGCUGUGAGGGGCUGCGGCGCGCGGGCACCGCGCUCGACCUGGGCCUUGCGCGCCUGCGCCGCAGUGCCUGCUGGGGCCUCUCGGGCCCUGAGCCGCCUGCGGCCUCGUCCUGAGGCCCCGGGUGCCCCUGCUCGCGCCUUCCUGCGCCCCGGCACCAUUUGUGCGCUGCUCGCUGCAUCCCUCACUGCCGCCGUGGCACCUUCGCGGGCCACGUGGAUACAACGUAAUUGGUGGUGCUGCCCUUGUGCCCCAGGCAGUGGCAUGUGCGCAUCCCAGUGCCACUGCUUCUCCUAUGACUUCUCUGUCUGGUACUGCCCCCAGGACGGCAGUGUCGCCUCAGACAUCGCAAAGGUCCUGGAGCAGGAGGGAUUCCGGGGCUACAUGGAGCACCAGGACCAAGCAGCCGGGACGCCCCUCAUCCUGACAGCUGCGCAGGUCAUUCAAAGCAGCCGCGUUGCCAUCAUUGUCCUGUCCAGCUCAUCCCUGGCUGACCCCUGGUGCCAGCGAGUCUCCGAGUGGAACCUGCACCGCAACCUUCAUGAAUCCAGCACCAAGGUUGUCCCAGUGCGCGUGGGCAUCGAGAAGGACAAAAUGCCCCUGGUUCUGCAGCACC